CUCGCAGGCACAUCGCUCGUGCUCGUGCUCUGCUGCUGCUCCUGCUCCGGUGCUCGUCGCAGUCGGUCGAUCCAUCGACACCGGGCUCGUCGAAUGGCUGUGGCUGUGGCUGGCGCCAUGGCGCUUGCCAGGGGUCCGUCGCUGCUGCGGCUGCAAGCGAAGUCGGAUUUCUUGGGGUCGAAAUUUGGGUCCGAGGCGUUCGUCCUGCGGGGGCCUGGCAAUGCCGGGGCUCGGGAGGGGAAUUUCCCUGGGGGAGUGCGCGUGGUUGCCAUGGCGAAGAAAGGGAGCAAGAAAGCAGGUGGCGGAGGUGGAGGCGGUUCCGCUCAAAAGAGCAGCGGCUCCAGAGGUGGUGGAGCUGGUGUUGCUGAGAAGGGAACUCCGUAUGAGAAUGAAACCCGUCGCAUAAUUCUCAGCUUGCGCAACAUGCGAAAGGUGACGCCUAUGGGGAAGGAGAUUCUGAAAGGAAUAAAUAUCGGAAUGUACUUGGGAGCUAAGAUUGGACUGCUAGGAGCCAAUGGUGCCGGAAAGAGUUCUCUGAUGAAGAUCCUCGCUGGCGUUGAUAAAGCCUUCGAUGGUGAUUUCUAUCUGGAUCCCAACAUGAAAGUGGGAUACCUUCCUCAGGAGCCGGAGCUGAACGAUGGACUCACGGUGAUGAGUAACAUUGAGCCAGCUCUUGCUUCAACUCGGCAGUUGCUUUCUGAUUUUGAGAAGGUGAGUGCAGAUAUGGCCGAUCCAAAAGCGGAUAUGGACAAGUUAAUGAACAAGAUGGAGAAGUUGCAAAAUGCCCUCGAUGCUUGCAAUGGCUGGGAGCUUGAGCGCCAGCUCGAGAAUGCGUUGAACGCACUGAGAUGUCCCCCCUCAGACGCUCUUGUUGAAAACCUUAGUGGAGGAGAGCGCAGGCGUGUUGCUCUUGCACGCCUUCUGCUGCAGACACCAGACGUUCUUUUGCUGGACGAACCUACGAAUCAUUUGGAUGCUGAAUCAGUUGCAUGGUUGGAGCGGUAUCUCGCAGAGUUCAAGGGAACUGUUGUUGCAAUCACUCACGAUCGAUACUUCCUGGACAAUGUGGCUGGAUGGAUUCUGGAGUUGGACAGGGGUCAAGGUAUUCCAUUUGAAGGAAACUACUCAGCAUGGCUAGAAGCCAAGGCCAAAAGGAUGGAAGUAGAAGAAAAGCAGCAAUCUGCUUUGCAAAGGACAAUGAAUCGGGAACUCGAGUGGAUUAGAUCAAAUGCUAAAGGCCAACAGAAGAAGGGGAAGGCAAGAGAGAGAGUCUACGAUGACUUGCUGCGGAAGGCUAGUGAAUAUCAAAAAUCAGAGAGAUUGGAAUCCAUGUUCUUCCCGCAAGGACCUCGAUUGGGAAAUGUUGUUGUGGAAGCUCAAGCCCUUCAAAAGGCUUUCAAUGGACGACUGUUGGUAGAUGGGCUCUCCUUCAAUCUUCCUCCCGGUGGUGUAGUUGGUGUAAUUGGUGGGAAUGGAGCGGGCAAGACAACUCUGUUUCGAAUGAUCAUGGGCCAGGAUACACCAGACAAUGGCUUUCUCAGAGUAGGGGAUACCGUCGUCCCACUAUACGUAGACCAGUCACGGGAUUCCCUGGAUGGAGAAAAAACUGUUUUCGAGGAAAUUACGGACGGAUUUGAGGAAGUUUCACUAGGUGAACGAAAAGUCAACUCGCGAGCUUACUGUACUUGGUUCAACUUUAAAAGCGGUGACCAGCAGAAGAAAGUCAGCAAUUUGUCAGGUGGAGAGCGCAACAGGUUACAUCUAGCUAAGGUAAUGAAGAAAGGUGGAAACCUGCUAUUGCUCGAUGAGCCCACAAAUGACCUGGAUGUGGAUACACUGCGUGCUCUAGAAGACGCUAUCAUCAAUUUCGCAGGUUGUGCAGUGAUCAUCUCUCACGACCGUUGGUUCUUAGAUCGGAUUGCAACUCACAUACUAGCUUUCGAAGGCGACUCGCAGGUGACCUGGUACGAGGGCUCAUAUUCCGAUUAUGAAGCUGAUCGGAAAAAGAGAUUGGGAGACAAAGAACCCACACGACUCAAGUACCACGCAAUCGCUUGAAUGAGUAGAUUACCACGUCCAGAGUUUUGCAUAGUUGUUGUCCACGGUCUGUGUAUUGUACGUGAUAGUCGAAAUCAUUACAAACUACGGGUAUAGUAGAUACCCAUUUGCAAAUUGUAGAAUAUUUGCUUCUCAUCCGUGUAUAAUCGGUGUCCAAGGGGCUCUUACAUAAUGAAAAUUUUCCAAAGAAAUUUGC